AUGACCAAGAAGGUUUCUUCGUGGGACGAUUCUGUAGACUCUCUUAUUGUGAGAUGGAACGGAGAAGAAGUUGAAGUCCCAACAGAUGGUGAAGCCGAGUGGCGAAUCAAUCUCGAGGAAAGGGAAGUUGUUGUUGAGAGAACAGAUGAGAGGAAUAACGUGAGAGUCACGGUAUCUAGGAUUGUUCAGAUGGAUAUUAAGGUUAGAGCCAUUGGUAAAGAAGAAGACAGAGUUCAUAACUAUCAGUUGCCUGAAGAUGAUGUUUUUGUUCAUCUAGAGACUCAGUUUAAAUUCUUUAACUUGAGUGAUCUCGUCGAGGGUGUUUUGGGGAAAACAUAUCGGCCGGGAUAUGUUAGUCCGGUUAAGACCGGAGUCCCGAUGCCGAGGAUGGGAGGAGAAGACAAGUACCAAACUCCUUCUCUGUUCUCACCUCUCUGUAAUGUCUGUAGGUUCCAAGGCAAACCUGGUCCUGGAGUGGCCAAGUACUAA